CCAAACGUUGACACUCAUGAGUUCUUAGUUCAUACACCUAUGUAUAUUAUUCUCUUUGAAGUUGAUGAGUUUCGUUUUCGUCGUUGUUACUAAAUUAUUGUUUGUGCAAAGUUUUUCUGGUAGUAGAUAAAAACGUAUAAAUAUUUUGUAGAAUAAUAUUGUAAUUUCUCCAAUCAACUUCUAUGUAGCUGAGAAAAUGUCUUCGGCAAAAGCGGACUGUUUGAAAGAUACUGUGACAGUGUUAAUAAACGCUAUAGGUGAUAGCGAUAACACUGUGAACAACGUUGUAAUUAAAUCCCUGACGAAGAUAGCCAAUGUACAUCCAAAUGAAGUGAUUGAAAUAUUCUGCGAGUUCUACCGGAACACGGUCAAGUCUAACGUGACACAGCUGGGCAAUAUUGUGAAAGUCCUAGAGCAGACAUGUGUGAAUCAAGUGAAAAAGUUAGACCAGAAAGUAGCUGCGGAGCUGGUGAAUGCAAUGCUGCGUGCUAUGACAGAGAACCCAUCAUAUGAGCCCAUGGUACAGAUGGGUGCAUCAGCAGUGCUUGUGGCUAUCAGCCAUGAGUACUUGGAUGUAGUACUCCGCGCGCUGAUCACUCAAAUGUCCCCCGCGUCUUUGCCGCACUACACUAUCGCGCACACGCUGGGCACGCUCGCUGCGGUUAACACACACGGGGUUGUGCCACAUGUCAAGGAAAUCCUGUGCAAAAUGCUACCCUUGCUGCCACUUGUCAAACCAGAUGGAGUCAAACAAGCAUUUGCUUAUGCGUUUGGACAUUUUGCAGUCGCUGUAUCAGAACAAAUAGGCGACAAUGUUGAAAAUGAAAACAUAACAUCGAUAAAGGAAAAUUUUGUAACUGAGUUUUCAAUAGUCUUCGACGUGUUAUACAACCAAUGGCUGCCCUCACAUGAGCCUAAAGUAUCAGAAUCAGUACUCGAAGCGUUAGGCCCUAUUACCCGACUUAUACCAGAAAGACAAUUCAAUGAGACAGUAAAUAAGUUCGUACUGUCUUUACUGUCCCUGUAUCGCAAACCAGUUAUUAAUUUUUACUACAUUAGUCAGUGCAUAUCCUACCUAUUGUCACCAUCUCCUUUAAAUCCAAAACUCACACUAAAUGAUAGCGUAAUAAACGCUAUCAAUAGUGUAAUGUUCAAUUUAGUUCUUUUAGAACCAGAUUAUGACCAACCUCACACUGUCAAAAACCAUUUCGAGGUUCUGCGUUGUUUCGAUCACAUGGCAGGCCAGUUUCCAGAUCAAACAGUCGAGAAUUUGCUGCACCAUUGCAAGAACAACCAAGAGAAAGAAAGAAUGAAAGCUGUGAUAAUUUUAACCCAUUUGACCACAUCAUCUCAAACUUUUAUUGAAAAUUUUGCGCCAAAAUUCGUAACUAUUUUAAAAGUAAUGACGACCAUGGAACAGGGUGUCAAGAUGAAGAAAUUGCUUGUUAAAGCAAUUGUUGGUCUUGUUUAUAGAAACUGUAUAAUGGCUCCUGAAGAUUUUGCGAUGGUGGAAUUUAUAAUAAAACAUUGUAGCUAUGAGGGUCCACCGAAUGUGUCGAAAAUUGAAAUUGUGGAGUUGCACGAUACUUGUAGAAGUUCACUCAUUCUUAUGUGCAAUACAGUCACAAGUGUGCGGACUCAGUUACGGAAUUUGUUGCUGACUGCUCUAACUGUGGAUGAUUUUUCUAAAUCCAUGUCAACUGUGUGUCACUGUCUGACUUCUUUACUGCAAAAUAAUUCAGAUGUUAUUGCAGAUGAACAGUCAGAUAAGGCGAGCGACUUGCAAUGCUCUCCCGACUUAGUUUUCGUACGAUGCAUAACGCAUAUCGUCGAUCCCGACCAGACUGAAACCAACAAAAAUCUGCUCGUAUUCUUGGAAGAAUUCUCUGGUGACGUGCACAAGAAUUUAAAGAAUUCUUGGACAAUAGAAAUCCAGAGAUUGUUGAAGUUUGUGGAAAAGAGUGAAUCCAAAGAGCAAUGGCACGGAAUGCUUUUGGAUCUUUUAGUGUCUGCUGUGGAACAAGUUAACAGCAACAAAUGGGUUGAAACAAUAGCCACUUUGAUAUCUCAACAAGUUAUGUCCAAGAAGCAAUCGCCCAUGAUAAAAGGAGUAUCUCUGCAGUAUUUAGCUAUUCUGUCAUGCCAUAUGUCUAAUGCUGCAAUUGUUGAAUCUGUUCUCAAGAUAAUAUUAUUCGCUCUCAAAUCUAUUCCAAUGGAAAGCGUCGACUAUGUUAGUAAAGCGGUAGGUAUUGCAUCUAGAGAACACGGCGAAUUUGUCCUCAACGAAAUUGAUGCAACGUAUAAAGAAAAUGAAGGAAAACGCGGAAAUAAAUUACUUAACUUUUUAUCAUCUAGAUCGUCAAAAAGCGAAACUGAAUUGGGAGUUGUUAAAUACGCAGUUAUAACCUGUUACGGGAAAGUAGCAUGUGAAUGCUUAGAUGUACUUGUACUUGCUAGAUUGGGCGAAAAUGUUACAGCAAUACUUUUUGAAAUACUAAAAUCAAAUCCACCCUUUGAUUUGUGUAAGGCUAGUGUAACAACACUUUACGAGAUAGCCAAAGCGUUAUACCCCGCUUCGCAUCAUAAUGUGACCUUAAGAAACCGGUGGCAGCUGCUAAAUGGUGUUUUGGAACAGAUAUACAACAAUAAUCUUGACAAACGUAACGUAGAACUGUACCCUAUCAUAGUUAAAGCUUCGAAAGCGUUAACAAAGCUACAAAAAGGGAUAUUACCCGAAGAAAGAAAUACAAUACUGAGAGUUCUGUUCAACAGUAUAUUUGGAGAACUAUCGUCUUUCAAAAGAAAGUACGAAAUCGAGGGAAAUGGCGAUAAAAAUGAUUUACUCGCGAAAACACUUAAUGAUUCUUUAUCGCUUUUGCACGAACUAAUUAGGGAGUUGAUUAUCCAAUCGACUUGCUUAAGUACUAUAGAUGAUAUAGUUACUUUAAUGAUGGAAUGGAUCCGCCAUGAGAAUGACGAGAUUCGGACAGCAGCCAUGUUGAUCCUGCAAGUUGUAUUCGACGCGUACAUUAAAAAUGUUAAAUUGAAUUACGAAACGCCGAGCAAAUUUGGUCAAAUGGGAUAUCUGCUUGGACUUCUAGUUCCCGGAGUUGCCGAUUCAAACUUCCCUGUAAGAUUAAGUACUGUCGAUUGUGUCAAACUGAUAAUUCAAAUACAAGAUCUAUAUGAGGGGCAUACAAUUGAGCCUGAUGAUGAAUGUAUGGCAAGUCUGUCUCAUUUACAGAAUAACAUAUUGACGAAUGAUUUGAAUAUGAUAAGUGAUUAUUGUACGAAGUUGUGCGAUACUAUAUCGCAGAAAAUACCCCAUUUGCACACGAUGCAGUUUAUCGAAAGUUUGCUUCAAGGAUAUGACAAUCAGGAGUUUAGAAGUGUUGGGAUCAGUUCUGUAUUAGAUGCUUUUAUAGUGAAGAAAGGCCAAGAUCUGUUUCAGAGUAUAGAAAGGAUUGUGGAAGUAUUAUUGUUGACGAUGGACGACGUUAGCGAUGAAGCCCGUAUGCGGUUAAUGAGGCCUUUAACUUCUUUGACAAGGCAUCAUUCCAAUGCUGUGACAGCUGUUCUGUUGGCACAAAGGAUUCCUUUGAGACCAUGCGUAAUAGCCUGUUGGCGGUACCUAGCUCGCGACGAGAGUCUGUCUUCGGUCAUCGUGGAUAACUUCCUUCGACUGAUGACAUCCGUCGAGCUGUACGAAGACCCCUACCAUAUCACGGAGAAUCACAUCGCCGCGUUGCAACCUUUAACUCUAAUCAGUGCUUUAGGGGAAAUGCUGCAAGAGGAAACGAUGCGACCAAUCUGUCUAGCCAAGUUCGCUUUGCUGUUCGCGGUGCUUUACACUUCAGUGGCGUGCUACAUAGACGCCUCGCCGCCGGCGUAUGCCGUGCCGGCAAACAAGGGGCAGGAGCGGUUCGGCUUCAUCCCCAACAGAGAAGCCAUCAAGCUGUCGCCCGCCAAGAUCACCAUCAACACUUUCAACAUGUUCCUGGAGAGGGCCGACUGCUAUAAGGUGAAGGAAGCUUGUUCCUUGUGCCUAACGAUAGAGCACGGGGACAGUUCGGCCACUCUUCUGGAGUUGGCGCCAAUAUUGGGCGGGGCUUUAUCCCGCUCGUGUCCGGGACAGUUGGCCAAGUUGGUGGAGCGCUUGGGCCAAUACGCGCGCUCCGCAUUGCCGCCGCAACGUUGCGCGGCGCUUGCCCUAUUAGCGGACUUGUUAAACUAUAGAUGCAACGAUAAUCCAGUUCUCAUAGAAUCGGUUCUAGCAACCUUGAACACGGGUUGGAAGGAUUCAGAUGCACGCGUGAGGGCGGCCUGUCUCCGCGGCGCGGCCAAUGUUGGUCAACUGAGGGACCAACACUGCGCCCAAGCAUUACCGGCUGCGUUGGCCGCGCUCAGCCAAGGCGUGGACGCGCAGAAAACUCCGUCAGCCAUAGACAACGUACCUCUAGCAGCCAUCCAAGGCCUAAGUCGCCUGCUCACAGAAACAGAUAAAAUAGACAAAGAAUUCGACCGAGAACUAGUCUCGAUCUCACAGAAGAUACGGCCGUUCAUGAACACUGAUUGUGCGCUGUUGAGGGAGAACUCCAUACGGUUGUUUGGUAUAAUUGUGGGAAUGGUGAAGUCUGAGGCGUUGGUGGACCAAGCUGUCGCGUCCCUGCCUUGCUUUUUAUUGCACUUGUGCGAUAAUAACUCUGCUGUUGUGAGGGCCUCCAAAUUCACUCUCCGCCGUGUUUUCAAAACGUUUAACAUUAAAAAGUCGAACGAUUUCGUCCAAACCCACCUCGUGGACGAAGGCCGGUUGUAUUUGGACGAGUUUCUCUGGGCGUUGGUCCGUCAGCUCGCGGACGAGAUGCCGGGCGGCAUAACCAAGUGUCUGCAGAGCGCUGUUAACUACCUGCACUGUGCGAGGGACGAGAUCAAACCACAUGCGGCGUUGUUAUUAGGUGUGCUGUACUCAGAGCUAUACCGUAUAAAAGAGAAAUACCCCGAAGAAACCGAACUAGACCCCGACAUAACUCGCAGCGCACGCACUAGGCUCCUCACACUUAUCAAAGAGCCCAGUGCACACGUGCGACAAAACGCAGCCAUGGCCCUCGCCAACAUCUGUCUCGUGUCUGCGAUGGACGGAUGACCGGGACGGAAUACGAUGAGAAUGAUUGCGAUGGACGACGGCAGCUAUCUCGUCCGGAUGACCAAAAAGGAUCUGGCUCAUAUAAACCGAUUGAGGAAGCUAAAGAACUUGUAGAUCAACCCCCCUAUUGUACAGAAAAAACGUAUUCAUCAUAACCGUUAGAGAAUUCUGCCCCUUGAUUGGCUGUAAAAAAUGUAAACAGCGAAUUCAACCAAUCAUAUGGCAGUAUUUGCUAUCGAUUAGAUUACGAUGAAUACGCAAGUAUGAUACGAUAGUGGAGCCAAACCAUUAUUAAAGUUAGCGAGUAGUUUUAAAUGUUUUGUAUUUUUUUUUUUAAGAGAGACGAAA